CGAUUGAUUUCAAAUCGGCAUAUACCCAACUUCGGACCCAACUACUUCCUUGUCCUCGGCUGCAAUCGACGUGCUCAUCGGCAUGCUCCUUUGUCUUCGGUACACCUGGGGCAAUGCAUCCUUAACGUAACGCCCGCAUCGUAAUCAUCCCUCCUUCUUCAUCACAUUUCUAUUUGUACGGUGGGCUACGGCAAUCACUGCCCUCCUUUCACCAUGUCUCAGCCUUCACGCCGGUUUGUCUUGGACAAUUCCGUCAUGUCAGGUCAGAAAGACUCCACUUCGAAGCUGCCUCCGAAAGUCGAGGAUGAGAUCUACGAUUUACUCGGUAUCGGCUUUGGGCCAGCCAACAUGGCCCUGGCCAUCUCCUUCACUGAGUCGGAGGAAGCGAAGCGUAGAGGGCUAAAGUACAGCUUCAUCGAGAGGCAAGCCACCUUCGCAUGGCACCCUACCUUGCUCCUCCCAGGUGCCCAGCUGCAAGUCUCGCCCUUCAAGGAUUUGGCCACGAUGAGGGAUCCCACCUCGACCUUCACAUUUGUCAACUACCUGCACAAGGUAGGCCGACUGUCUGCCUCCAUCAACCGUGAGGCCAACAUUCCCAGUCGGAGAGAGUGGAGCGCUUACCUCACUUGGUGCGCUUCUAGGCUGACUCACCUGGUCAACUACGGCGAGCAAGUCCUCAGCAUCGAGCCCAUCAGCAACUCAGGAGGCAACAAGUCUUGCAUUGACCACGCCAAUUCGCAGGCUACUGCUGCCCCCGCCGACGCUAGCGUGCGCCUGCUGCGCGUCACCUCCCGUCUGCGCUCUGGUCAGAUCGUGGUCCGUCUCACCCGCAACAUCACUGUCGGUGUCGGCGGCCGACCGACUGUGCCUCAGCAAUUCUCGCACAUCUUCCCGGAUUCACCAUGGGACACUGUCUCUCGUGUCAUCCACUCUUCUACUUUCCUGCCUUGCCUCAACGCCAUCGAACCAGAGCUCUCCGCCAUUGUGGAGCGCAGAAUCGGUCGCAGCUCGCCAGCCUCUAAGAGUAAUUGGCCGCUGAAGUUCGCCGUCAUCGGCGCUGGCCAGUCAUCGGCCGAGAUGGCCUUGCACCUACGCCGCACCUUCCCUGCAGCUUCGGUCAAGAUGAUCUUCCGCGCGUCCACCCUGGUACCCUCAGACGACUCUGCCUUUGUCAAUUCCGUCGCUUUUGAUCCUGAGCGAACAGACGCCUACUGGGCCGCUGGCGAGAAGGAGCGGAAAGAGUGGAGACAGGAGUUCAAGAGGACCAACUAUUCCGUUGUUAGGUCGGACGUGCUCAACGAGCUCUCGGAACAAAUCUACAACCAAAAGAUUGAGCUGCCACAGCUCUUCCCUGGAUCCGACGGACCCGCAGAAGGUCGACUGGAGAUCACGGCCAACACGUACGUCGAGUCAGCUGAGCUGAUCAACGAGGGCGCAGAUGAGCAUGUGCGCCUGGUCAUGAAGUCUACGAAGCUCAACGAGCCUCAAGACGUCGAAGAGUUCGACGCCGUCUUCCUCGGAACUGGCUUUGAGCGUCGCCCUGCAAGCUUUGCCUUCAUGAAGCCUUUACAGCCUCACCUUCCCAUCUUGAGCGAUCCCGAGACGAAUGCGAAGAAGCGAGCAGCUCUGGGCUUCUCCGACGACGAUGACAGUCGGACCAUGACUGGCGACGACGCCGUUGCAAAGGAGAUGGUACGACAGCGCACGCGCGGCAUCACCCGGGAUUACCGUCUUGUGGCCUGGGAGUCGGACCCUUACAAGGCCAAGCCCAUGAGCAGCUCUGUCACCUCUGCGAAAGCAGCCCUCUCUCGCCGCAACUCUGAAUUCUCCGAAGUCACCCUCGCUCAGAAUGCGGACGACGAGGCGCUGGAUGCUGGUCCUCGCUUCGAGCCCAACAUCUACUCCUUUGGUGGCAACGAGGUCACGCAUGGACUCUCCGACUCAUUAUUGAGCAUCUGUGCCUGGCGUGCGGGUGAGGUGACCGAGUCCAUCUUGAACCGAAUCGGAACGCAGCGCGCACCGACAAAGGAAGACAUGAUGCACUCGCACCACGUCGCCGAGAGGAUGAGUAUUGGUGGGGAGGACAAGAUGCCCGAAACGGAUGCAGAGGCGGCUAGGUGGCUUGGUGUGACUGAUGAGGGGGAGAAGAGCAAGACGGGCGAAGGAAAGUCAAAGAUGGGCUCGUUGCUGGAGGCUACGAGGAAUCGGUUGGCGCAGGUGUCCAUGUAGGCCCCUCAGGUGGCGCACCGAUUGUGGUGAAAGUACAGCGAACAAUCCAAAUAGACCAUGUGCAUCCCGUCAGUCUCCAUAUCUCCUUUGUCAAUCCGACCCUCUUCCUCAACGCGCGUAGAAACAGCAAUGAUAUGAUUGACCACACCCAGCGUACAGAUGAAGCAGUCUACC